CCCAGGGCUUUAUUGGGGAACAGCGGGGGCACCCCAGCAUCCCCCAGCACCCCCCAGCACCCAGGCCUGCCUGUGGGCUGAGGGGACGGGGGGGAGCACCAGGACAUGGGAGGUCCUGGUUGGGCACGCGUGGUCAUGGAUGGACACAGGAGAUCCCAGGGAGGUCCCACGUGGUCAUGGGUGGUCAUGGAUGCAGGUCCCACGUGGUCAUGGGUGGUCAUGGAUGCAGGUCCCACGUGGUCAUGGGUGGUCAUGGAUGCAGGUCCCACAUGGUCCCAUGUGGUCAUGGAUGCAGGUCCCACGUGGUCAGGGAUGCAGGUCCCACAUGGUCAUGGGUGGUCAUGGAUGCAGGUCCCACGUGGUCAUGGGUGGUCAUGGAUGCAGGUCCCACGUGGUCAUGGGUGGUCAUGGAUGCAGGUCCCACGUGGUCACAGGUGGUCAUGGAUGCAGGUCCCACGUGGUCAUGGGUGGCCAUGGAUGCAGGUCCCACAUGGCCAUGGGUGGUCAUGGAUGCAGGUCCCACAUGACCAUGGGUGGCCAUGGAUGCAGGUCCCACGUGGUCACAGGUUGGUCACAGUUUCACACUGGUGGUCAUGGGAGGUCUUCACAGUGAUGGUCACGGGUGGACACAGAAGCUCAUGGGUGAUCAUGGUUGGACACGGGUGGUCAUGCCUGGUCAUGCAUGGUCAUGGAUGCAGGUCCCACGUGGUCACGGGUGGUCAUGGAUGCAGGUCCCAGGUGGUCAUGGAUGGUUCUGUAAGCAGGUCCCACGUGGUCACGGGUGGUCAUGGAUGCAGGUCCCAGGUGGCCACGGGUUGGUCACGGCUUCACGCUGGUGGUCAUGGGAGGUCAGAGAUGCUCCUGGGUGGUGCUGGCCACACGCUUGGUCACGCCUGGCCAUGGACACGGGUGGUCCUGGGGGCUGGGGGCACACGGGAUGGACACGGGGUGGUCAUGGGGUGGUCAUGGGGUGGCCACAGCAGGAGGUGGCCACUGGCCCCUGGUGGUGGCCUCAAUCGGAGUCGCUGCUGGAGGAGGAGGAGGAGGACGAAGAGCGCUGGGGGGUGGGACGGGACAGGAGAGACGUGA